UGCUUUAUUUGAUUAGUUGGGCUACUGAACACAGUGCGGGAGAAAACAUGACCUCAUGAUGUUUAAGUUAAUAAUAUUAGUUUUUAGUCUCGUUGGACUAAUUAAUGUGUGUGUUGGACAAAUAGUGCAAGAAGGACAGUGUGAUGGAUUGGCGUUGGAUGAAAAUUUUGAUAUUUCAGAGUUUUUAGGAAAAUGGUUUGAAAUAGCUCGGACAUCUAACCCGAAUCAAGAAGGAGACUGUGCAGCAUUUGAUUUCACAUCCGGUAAUAAUGGCAUCGAUGUGCAAUACACUGCAGUCAGAAGUAACUUCUUUGAAGAGGCUACCGGGAUGAUGACCCAAGAAGGCGACACUGCUGAAUUUAAAAUGACGAUCUCGUCAUUCGAAGAACCUGUUGACUUUUGGGUCCUGGAACUAUUUGAGCCGAUGUUCGCCGUUACAUAUUCAUGUCAAAACAUUUCGCCAACGCAUAGAAAGGUUUAUGUAUGGGUACUAGGGCGACAAACAACUCUUAAUGACAUAAAUCUAGGCAGAGUAAUGCAUUUACUUAAUGAAAAUUUCGGCAUUAAUUAUUCGGAACUGACCAAUAUUGAUCAUAAUGAUUCUGCCUGCUACGCUUUACCGAUUAUUGAACCUGGCAAUCCUAUUAUUUUACCUGGACAAUGCGACGAGUCUCUACAAGUUCUUCCAAAUUUUAAUGCAACUGCUUUCUCAGGGCUAUGGCAUCAAAUAUCAAGCUACGAAAACUCGAAUUCGGAUGGCACUUGUGUCAGGGCUGAAUACUCGUUAGGCAAUGAAGGAGUGAACAUCCUCAAUAGUCAGGUGAUAAACCAGAGGCUAGUAACGAUUGAGGGAUCUGCGACAAUCAUCAGCAAUGAUAACAGCGCAAAGUUACAAGUAGUGUUAAACACUCCUGGAGGUCCUUCAACACCCCAAGAGUUAUGGAUCCUAGCGAGUGAUUAUGACCACUAUGCAGUUUUGUACGCUUGUACAGAUAUUAAUUUGAAUGAAAAAAGGGUUCUGAGUUGGAUUCUUGGCAGAUCUCGUCAAUUGUCACAGGUUGACCAAUCAGCUGUCAAUGACGUAGUUAAUUCUCAUAUAGAACUAAACUAUCGGUAUUAUAAGCCAACUGACCAGUCCUUUGAUGGUUGUUUCUUCUACCCAGAAGCAAGCGACCAGCCCGUAGUUUUUAGAGGCCAAUGUGAAUCAGUCAACGUCCAAGCUAUGAGCGAUUUUAAGACAAAUGAAUACAUGAACAAAUGGCACAACAUCCUAUCGUAUCCGACAAGAUUCCAAGAUGGUACAUGCGUCAAUGCUUAUUACACAUUAACGAAUGAUGGAGUUAAUGUGUUGAAUUCACAAGUGAACGACCAAAGGCUAGAAACUAUGAGUGGAGUCGCAGUUCCUUCAUCUAAUGAUGGAUCUGCUAAACUUGUAGUCUCCUUUCCUGUUGCAGGAUCCGAUCAAACCACAUCUACUGAUUAUUGGGUCCUAGACACAGAUUACAACAACUUUGCCUUAGUGUACAGCUGUAAAAAUAUUAAUGAUGAUGAAAUGCAAGUGAACAGUUGGUUACUAAGCAGAACAAAAUCGAUGCCUAUAGAACAAGAACAGCGUAUUAACGAAAAAAUAAAUUCGGUACUAGUGCUAGACGAGAAGUAUUAUAAAGUAGAAAACCAGUCAGAAGUUGGUUGUUUCUACUUCCCUGAUCCUCAACCAGGCGUCCCGGUCAUUUUUCCUGGACAAUGUGACGAAACUAUUAAUGUAGUCCAAACCUUGGACCUUUCAGAGUUCCAAGGUGAAUGGUACGAGAUAGAAGCAUACCCAAAUGCUCAGCAAAGUGGACAUUGUAGAAAUCAGAAGUUUUCCGUUGUCGAUAAUUCUCGCCUCAACUUGGAGUUUUCUUCUAUUACGGAUCAAUUUUUACAAGUAACUAAAUUAGUUGCAACUCAGAGCACCAACGAUGGAAAAUUAUCUAUUACCGUUACUGAUGCCAAUGGACAAGUUACAAAUAUUCCUUUCUGGAUUCUGGACAUAAAAUAUAACGAUUACGCACUGGCAUAUUCUUGCGUCAACAUCAAUUCAGACUUCAGAUCAGUUAAGAGUUGGAAGCUCAGCAGAACAAGACAAUUAUCUGAAGAAGCUAAUACAGCUAUCAACACUAUAAUUAACAACAACAUUGUAUUGGGCAACGAGUACUUCGAAGUCAUUGACCAUUCUGAUGAAGCAUGCUUCUAUCUACCAGAAAUUGAAGCCGGUGAACCAAUAAUACUUCCUGGACAGUGCGACACUACAAUUGGAGGGAUUCUAGAUUUCAAUAUUACAGCGUAUGCUGGUCGGUGGCGUCUUAUUGAGAGCUAUGGUUCAGAAUUUCAAGGUGGUACUUGUAAUGUGGUAGAAUACACAUUGCAAUCCGAGAACAGUUUUAACGUAAUUAACUCACAAGUUGUAAAUGAGAAUUUGGAAAGUAUUACAGCGACUGCUUCUGUUGCUAGCAACGAUGGAAGCGGCCAUUUACGAUUGUCAUUCCCAAACAGAGAUGAAUACUUCGACUUCUACGUACUCGAUACAAAUUAUUGGUCUUAUGCUAUCGGAUACGGAUGUGUCAACCUAGCGAAUCAUCAGAGGAGAAUUUACAGUUGGAAAUUGAGCCGUACGGACACAUUGAGCCCCGAAGCAACCAUUAAAAUAAAUGCAGUAAUUGAUAAUGUUCAGGUUCUAAACAACCGUUACUAUUACCAAAUUGACCGCACCGCUAAAAGCUGUUUCUAUUACCCUAUUCCAAACCCUAAUUCUAGUGUCAAAUUUCGAGGUCAAUGCGAUCAAAAUAUCGUAGUGCACAACGGUUUCCAACUUGAAAAGUACUUGGGCGUAUGGUAUGAUAUCCAAUCGUACCCAUCAGACUUCCAAGAUGGUACAUGUAAUACUGCAGAAUACUCGCAGGGAAAUAACGGCGUCCAUGUUUAUAAUACUCAAGUCGUCGAUCAAACUCUUGUCUCCAUAAGCGGUAAUGCUGUGUUGGAACCAAGUAAUGAUGGAAGCGCAAAACUAAAAGUAACCUUCAACGUCGCAGGCACUGAUGUUACUACUGACUAUUGGAUAUUGAAAACUGAUUAUGAUCACUACUCACUAGUGUACUCUUGUCGACCUAUAGAUGACGAAUAUAUUCAAGUGACAAGUUGGAAACUGAGCAGAGAAAAAUUCUUAAGACCUGAAGAUGAGAUUGCUAUUAAUGACGCCAUGAACGAAAUAAAAGUUUUGGACCAGAAAUAUUUUGUAAACCGUUACCAAAGUCCUGUAGCCUGUUUCUAUUUCCCUGAACCACAACCAGGAGUGCCAGUGGUGUUCCCUGGACAGUGUAACGAUUAUAUCCCAGCAGCACCCAACUUCAAUAUAAACGAAUUCGCAGGUACAUGGCAUGAGAUCUCAGCGUAUCCUAAGGCUAGUCAGUCUGGACAAUGCAUCAGCCAACAAUUCACUGUUACCAACGCCAACACCAUGAAACUAGAGUCAUUCAGUGUACUCGACCAAUUCCAAACGACCACAGAAGGUGUCGCCACAAUCGAUUCCACUGAUGGCAGUGGAAGAUUGAAUAUCAAUAUUCAAUCCAAUGGACAGACAAUUUCAAUACCUUUCUGGAUCUUAAGUGUAAAGUACGACGACUACGCGUUGGCGUACAGUUGUGUCAAUAUUGAUAAAAAUUACCGACAAGUUCACAGCUGGAAGCUAAGCAGGUCCAGAGAACUAUCAAACACUGGGAACGCGGCCAUCAAUGACGCCAUUACAAACAUCGACGUAAUUGACAAUAGAUACUUCGAUAACACUGAUCAAUCAGAUGAAGCUUGUUUCCAUCUUCCCGACUUAGCACCCGGCGAAGAUGUUGUACUUCCUGGACGGUGCGACACAACAAUUAAAGGAAUAGAUGACUUUAAUAUUACAGCAUACGCUGGCCAGUGGCGUCUCAUUGAGAGCUACGGAUCCCGAUACCAAAGUGGCACUUGCAACGUAGCUGAUUACGUAUUACAAUCCAGCAACACUCUCGGCAUCACAAACUCGCAGGUUGUCGACGAGGCUCUGGCCACUAUUUCUGGGACUGCUACUAUUUCUAGUACGGAUGGGACUGGGCAGCUCACAUUUAAUAUGAGAAAUCGCGAGUAUGUUAUGUUAGUAUUGGCUACAGAUUACACAUCUUUCGCACUGACAUAUGGCUGUCAAAAUAUAGAUAAUGAUCGAAGAAGGGUCAGAAGCUGGAAAUUUAGUCGCUAUAAUACCUUGACCACGAAUGCAAUCAAUGAAAUAGACAAAGUAAUUGAGGAUAUCGAAGUAUUGCACCAGCCCUACUACUAUAAAGUGGAGCGCACGCCUGCGGCUUGUUUCUACUUCCCUGAACCUAACCCAAGUUCUAACGUCAUUUUCCGCGGUCAGUGUGAACAGCAAAAAAUUGCCGUUGUUGAAAAUUUUAAGAUCGAAGAGUAUAUGGAUAUGUGGUACGACAUCCAAUCAUAUCCAUCGGCAUUCCAAGAUGGCACAUGCCCCAACGCACGGUACACUUUGACCGGCAACACUGUUUCUGUGCACAAUACUCACGUUGUUGACCAGACAUUAGUGACUAUCGAUGGAGUUGCUACUCCAGCAUCUACAGACGGAAGCGGAAAGCUUAAAGUUACAUUCAAUGUACAAAAUACUGAAGUUACUACAGAUUACUGGGUGCUAGCCACCAACUACAAAUCGUAUGCGUUGGUCUACUCUUGUACUAAUAUUAAUGAAGACUACAUGAGUGUUUCAUCUUGGAAACUGAGCAGAGAAAAAUUCUUAAGACCUGAAGAUGAGAUUGCUAUUAAUGACGUCAUGAACGAAAUAAAAGUUUUGGACCAGAAAUAUUUUGUAAACCGUUACCAAAUUCCUGAAGCCUGUUUCUAUUUCCCUGAACCACAACCAGGAGUGCCAGUGGUGUUCCCUGGACAGUGUAACGAUUAUAUCCCAGCAGCACCCAACUUCAAUAUAAACGAAUUCGCAGGUACAUGGCAUGAGAUCUCAGCGUAUCCUAAGGCUAGUCAGUCUGGACAAUGCAUCAGCCAACAAAUCACUGUUACCAACGCCAACACCAUGAAACUAGAGUCAUUCAGUGUACUCGACCAAUUCCAAACGACCACAGAAGGUGUCGCCACAAUCGAUUCCACUGAUGGCAGUGGAAGAUUGAAUAUCAAUAUUCAAUCCAAUGGACAGACAAUUUCAAUACCUUUCUGGAUCUUAAGUGUAAAGUACGACGACUACGCGUUGGCGUACAGUUGUGUCAAUAUUGAUAAAAAUUACCGACAAGUUCACAGCUGGAAGCUAAGCAGGUCCAGAGAACUAUCAAACACUGGGAACGCGGCCAUCAAUGACGCCAUUACAAACAUCGACGUAAUAGACAAUAGAUACUUCGAUAACACUGAUCAAUCAGAUGCAGCUUGUUUCCAUUAUCCUGUCUUAGGACCCAAUGACCCUGUUAUUUUCCCUGGACAGUGUGAUCCUACUAUUCCUGUUAUUCAAGACUUCAACGUAUCACAGUACUUGGGACGCUGGCGGUUACUUGAAUCAUACUAUUCAGAAUUCCAAGAAGGUGCCUGUAAUGCCGCUUCUUAUGCGGAAUCAUCUGAUGGGACACUGAUUGUAACGAACUCUAAAGUUGUUGAUGAACAACUGAAUAGUAUUGUAGCCUCGGCUGUUCCACUUGCCAAUGAUGGAAGCGGCAAACUUAUCGUCACUUUCCCAGGUGGAACAUCCACUGAAUACUGGAUAUUAUCAACUGACUAUACGACAUACGCGCUGGUUUACGCAUGUAGUAACCUACCCAAUCAUCAAAGAAGAGUGUGGAGCUGGAAAUUGAGCAGAUCAAAUACUUUGUCACAGGAUGCAAUAAUUGCAAUUAAUGACGCAAUCAACAACAUCGAUGUUAUCCAUGAGAGUUACUAUCAAAAAAUUGAUCGAACAGAUACAGGAUGUUUUUACUAUCCCACACCUGAUAGCGACUCUGAAGUAAUUUUCCCUGGACAGUGCGAUGACAACAUACAAGCUGUUAAUAAUUUCCGGCUGCAAGACUACGCAGGCACGUGGUUCGAUAUUGAAUCCUACCCAACACGGUUCCAAACCGGAACUUGUAACACCGCCAAAUACGAAUAUAAUCAAGAAAAUGGUGCACUUCAAGUAGAAAACACCCAAGUAUCUGGGCAAAUUAAGCAAACUACAACCGGAGUCGCUUAUCCCUCAAGUGAUGGAAGUGGCAAAUUUGAUGUCACACUAACACAAAGCAAUGGAAAUGUUGUUACCACAAAAUAUUGGGUGUUAGCCACUGAUUAUGCUUCAUUCUCACUAGUGUAUUCUUGCCGAAAUAUCGAUGAUGAAUUCAGAGCAGUUCACAGCUGGAAAUUGAGUAAAACUACUACUUUAAAUGAAGAUGCACAAGCCCAAAUCAAUGUAAAGCUUGACGAAAUACAAGUGCUAAAACAAAAAUAUUAUGUUGAGAGAAAGCAUACUGAAGACGACUGUUUCUAUUAUCCUAACAAUGAUGGUGGACCCGUCUUAUUGGGAGGGCAGUGUAUUUCAGACGCCCAGGUGCCAGCAGUCACCGGUUUUAUUUCUUCAAAGUUUGCUGAAACAUGGCAUGAAGUAGCCAGAUUUCCGUCAGAGCUUCAGAAUGGAGAAUGUACAGCAACUGAAUUUACACUUGUCGAUGGUAGCUUCGAUGUAGUCCAAACUAGUGUCAUUGAUGAUGCUCAGUUAAGUACAGUUACAACUGGGACACUGGCCACAGAUGGUAGAGGAGUCAUCAAUAUCAAUAUCGAUGGAGUGCCAUUUAACAACGUCUACAUUUUACUGACUGACUACGAAGAAUAUGCACUGGCGUACAGUUGUAGAAAUGUCAGCCCAGAAGAAAAGCAAAUUUACAGUUGGAUACUGAGCAGAUCUCGCGCAGGAUUAACAGAAUCAGCUCAGUUAGCCAUCCAAGAACACAUUAGUAAUAAUAUCGAUCUGUAUGAGGGCUAUUAUCAAACUACAAAACAAGACAACGCAGCCUGUUUCUACUAUCCAGUGUUUGACCAGCUACCACUUUCCAUAGAAUUGCCAGGGCCCUGUGAUGCAUCUAUUAAAGGAAUCUCUGGUUUUAAUCAGGCUGCGUUCUCUGGAAAAUGGAUAGAAGUCGCCAGAUAUCCGCAACCGAUACAAAGAGGUCAAUGUAACCGUGCCGAGUACAAUAACAAUGGAGAAAUCAUUUCAAUUGUGGCUACUCAAGUAGUAGAUAGGAAACUGCAGACUUCACCAGGGAAUGCUAAAAUUGCUAGCAGUGACGGCUCUGGUUUACUGGAAGUAUCUCUGGGUGGAGGUGAUGACAUUGUAGAAGCAAAAUUAUACGUGCUGGCAACCGACUAUAGCAAUUACGCUCUUCUAUACAAUUGCAUCGAUUUGGACAACGGGAACAGACGAGUUGGAAGCUGGAAACUAAGUAGGUCCGGAACACUGAGUCCUCAGGAUACCGAAUUUAUUGAUGAAGUGAUUGACAAUACACAAGGUCUAAGGAACAAUUAUUACCUGGACACUGAUCAGAGUGAUGAAGCAUGCUUCCACUAUCCUGAACCCUCUGAAAGUGAAGUUAUAUUACCUGGCCAGUGUGAUGAGACAAUUUCUGGAGUGGCAUCCUUUGACAUGGAGCAAUUCCAAGGAACUUGGUAUCAGAUCGAAAGAUACGAUGCUGUGCAAACCAGCUGUAUCGGAAUGAAAUUGACAUAUAACGCAGAUUCAAAUGAAUUUGGAGUUCUUUCAUAUGAAGUUUCUGAUGGAGAAUUGUCUACUGCGAAAGGAACCGGUCGACUUUCCCCUGAUGGCACCGGAAAAUUAUCUGUGGCGAUGUCUGAAGAAGGUUCCGAAACAACCAUCUUUAUAUUAUCGACUGACUACGAGAGUUAUGCGGUAGCGUACAGUUGCAGCAACUUAAGUGGCUCUCAACGACGAGUUCGCGCCUGGCAGUUAAGUCGAGAAAGGACUAUUUUACCUGCUGGCGCGACAGCCAUCGCAAAUCUGAUAGAACAAAGAAAAGAGUUCCAUCAACCAUAUUUCAAAUCAAUCGCGCAUGACAAUGAAUGUCUCGAACCCAGUUCAGCAUUGUUGUUCAAGAGCAGUAUUAUUGUGAUCUUUGUUUGCAGUCUAUUGCAAUUAUUAUUGUAAUAAUUACUUUAAAUAAGUUUAUUUAGAAAUAUUAUGUAUGUGAAAAACUCGUCAAUGAUGUGUUUAUUUAUCUACUUUUGUAUACUUUUCAUUUGUUAAUAAAUUUUUAUGCAACUAUUA